AUGUGGACCCAAAUACAGGAGACUACAGGAAACAGGACUUCAGAGUAAUGACUUUAAUUCAAGGUUCAGUGCAGGCAAGGCAGAACUGAACACAACAAAAAACAGGACUUAAACACAAAUUGACGUGACGAGGAUGAAGUGCAGGUGGAGAAGCUUCGGUGAAGCGAAUGAGGUUAAUAGGCAAGAGAACAGGCAGGGAGCUGAUUGGCUGGGAUGAACUAACUAGGCUUAUUCAGAGCAGGUGUGUAGAUAGGCAGGAGAGAAGGAUUAAUGAGGGACAGGUGAUACCAAUCAGGGCAGGGCAGACAAUCAAAACUGGCGGGAAAACACAAAGGCAGGAAGUGAAGUGAUUUGAAACUAGAGGAGAGGUGAGUAACCAAAUUAAACAGGAAACACAAAACCUGACAGAAUCAAACAAAGGAAGAACAUGACUGAGGAGCAGGGCAGAUUCGGGUGGAGCUGCGGUCACUCCCUGGUUGCUCGGCUUAACGAGGAACAUCUGAUGACACUACGUCCUGUUAACGACGCUCUGUCAUGUCUGCCGAAGAGCCCUGUCAACAGAAUCUGCAUUCAGUAGACUGAAGAUCAAACUGGAUGAAGCCACUUUUCAUUUAUGACUGACAAUUAACAACCUUCUCAGAAUCUUCGUUUUCUACCUCUUGUUGCUGCUCGACUUGUCAAGAGAGGCAGUUUCUGAGGACCUGUUUUAACACCACAAAGGUGAUGCACUGUUUUAUAGUCAGGGCCAUUGAUCCACUGACCUCCUGAUUGAAUUACACACACACACACACACACACACACACACCUGGUGUUGCUGGCAGAUGCUUUAAAUGGCCUUGUGUCUGGCUCAGGUUCAGUGACACAACACCCAGACACACACUUACACAGUUAUACCCAAUUGGGUGUUAGAAGUCCAUCUGAACACUAUUAACUCCCAUUGAGAACACCGACCUUGACUGUGAUCAGACACGUGUUGGUGUGUUUGCAUUUGCAGGAGGCAGUAUCACGUCCUGCCGGCUCCGAUUGAGAGUGAGAAUGAGAGCUGAUGUGGCAGAGUGGCCCUGAUAAACACUCUAAAAACAUUAGCGCCUUAAGGUCGGUCACUCGAAUAAGAAAGAAAAGCUCUGCAGUCUUCUUACUUGUAAACUACCUGCUGACUACUACACUACUACUACUACAUGCUCUUCACCCAACAAACAGAGAAUACAAUAUACAACUUGUUAAGUUAUUAAGCAUUGUAAUCAAACUCCCCAAUCUCCAGUUUGGCCUUUCCUUCUGCGCCACCCCUCAUGAACAACUUCUCAUCCUUCUCCGCACCUCCUCCCAAUACACCAACCAUCAGUCAGUCGGUGUGUAAGCCCUGCCUGCGGGCCUCUUGGAGAAUGAACAAUGUGCCUACACUUGACUACGAGUUGCUGCUGUCCCCGACCAGCUCCUCCCUCCCCGGCAGUCCUGGCGGUGGCAGCAGCAGCCCCCCUCUCUCCUUGGUUGGCGCGGACAAUGAGCAGCGCACCGCCUUGGCCUUCGUAGGCCUCCUCAUGCUCUUCCUGGUCUUCCUGCUGGUCAGGUGCUUCAGGAUCCUGCUGGACCCCUAUAGCCGCAUGCCUGCAUCAUCCUGGACUGACCACAAGGAGGGGCUGGAGAGGGGCCAGUUUGAUUAUGCACUGGUGUAGGUUGAUGUGGAAAGGGGAAUGUUUCAUUGCACAUAGACGGGAUAUUUAAAACCAAUUUAGAUGUGGAAAUGGACUGUACAAAUUCAUAAUAUUGUGAAUGCACUCUUUACAGGAGGGUGUGCCUAAUGCUGGUGUAUGCCAGGUUUUUAUUACUGUAUUGCAGCUUGUCUACUGAUGUAAAUAUGAGGCUGCAGGAAGCUAUGUAAGCAUAACAAGUCUGGUUCAGUAACAGACACACAGACCACUGGAAUCCCUGCAAGCCAAGCACCCAAAUGUUGAACCAUGAAGGACAGAAAUAAUGAGCUGCACAGCUGCCUUAACCUGACCUACUGUACCCAUUGAACAUGUUAUGUCACACUACAACAUCAUCUUUGGGCUAGGUUUUCCAAACUCCAGAGCUUGCCAGCAUUAAAACACAAUAUGAUUUUGAGAAGAUCACCUUUGCUCACCACAUAGUUUGAUUUCUGAUGAGAACACUCGACAUACAGAACACGAGCAGAACUUAAAUGAAGGAGUUUACACUAAAGCAGAUGCCCCUUUAACAAACCUAAAACCUUAUUAAAGUGUUAAGUGCUGAUCAAGGACCACAAAUUCACACUUUUCUUUUUUACUUUGGACACUGAUCCUGGAGCAGAACUGCAGUUUCAGAUGCUUUUUAAGAAGCAGGUAGUUUGAGUCUCCAUAAAAUGUUAUCCAUGUAUAUGUUUUGUGUGUUAGUGUCUAUAACUGAAAAGCCAUAUUGAAACUAUAAUCUCUUAUUACAGCAAGUAGAGUUUAUGUUCACUGGUUGCGUAUUUUGCUUUAGUCAGCCUGCCAAGUGUGGUGACGGAGCAAACGGCAACCUUUAGGCAAAAGAAAGCUUUAUUUUUCUAUUCUUGACUCAAGUUUGGGAGUCUCCUUUCUGCCAUCUUCCUACUUCCUGUAUCAAUCUUUAGACUGUGGAUUUUUGAGGUAGUCAUGCAGCCACAGCGUAGAGAGGCAAAGCAGGUAGCUUUGCUAUUCUUGUGUUUUGUAAUUAAAUAUUUUUCUGAC